AUGGUCAAGUUGCCAACGCUAGAAUCUAAAAUAUUCUUGCGAGAUCUGCGUAGUGAAAAGAUCAAGAAGAUCUGCGUACUCGUCACAGAGGACGAGUACGUCGCCGAUAUUCGGUCGGCACAGGUGUUUGCUGAGAACGAACGGGUUCUCAGUAGCUCAUCGUUGGACGAGAGUGUCCUCGAUGAGAAGACUCGGAUUGAGCAAUACACGUCUCAAUCUUGA